AGAUAUUUUGCAGAUUGCUGAGUAAAUGUCGAGAAGUCAACAUCAGCUCCUCAAAAUGAAUCUUUUACAGAUCACAUGCGCCAUCUUAUUACUUGGAGUUUCCGUGAUUGCUUUUCCUGCUAUUUUCUCUCAGUCUCCAUCAGUUAUUCCUGUGACUCCUGGACAGACUGUCACUCUGGAAUGUGCUGUGAAAAAUGAAAAUGUUUCAAGGGUGUGGAUGCGCUGGAUUCGUCAAUCGCCUGGAAAAACACCUGAAGGUGUUUUACAGUACAAUGCUGACAACAAAAUCUAUAGAGCUCCUGGGAUAUCAGAUCGAUUUGUACCUUCUAGAGAUACAGUCAGGAGUUAUUAUCUUCUCACAAUUAAUAAUGUCCAAGCAAAUGAUGAUUCCAAAUACUACUGUUUUAUUUAUUAUAGCGGUGGAGAUCAAUCAUGGGGAGAAGGAACUCGAGUACAAGUGCUGAGAAGUGACCUUCCUCGUCCAUCUGUCCAGGUUCUUCCUCCCCCACAAGAGCAGCUCAGUGGUUCAGGCCAAGUGACUCUCAGCUGCCUGGUGAGCGGCUUCUUCCCGGGGUACAUAGACAUCCAGUGGAGUGUGGAUGGUCAGCUAGUGACGGACAACAUUCAGUCCAGCCCGGUGUCCUUGGACAGCAGUGGAAAUUCCUACCUGGCCAUUAGUUACCUGAAGCUGCCUGCUGCUGACUGGAAGAGCCAUGCGAGAUACUCCUGUGUGGCCACUCAUGAGUCCAGCAAAGUCCCAGUCAUUGGCUCUGUUGCUCCUCAAGACUGCAAGCCUCUCUAAAGGGGAUGUUUCUUGAGGAAAUUUCAAGAGUAGCUUCUGCAUUCACUUUUAUAAAGAAAGAGAAAAAAUGUUUUGUAAAACUGAUAUUAUUAUACUAACAUUAAAAAUGCUAGCUCUGUUUAUUGUAUUUUCCUU